AUGUCACUCCAAAAGCUCACUGCUGAAAUAUACAGCGUCUACGACAAACAGGACUAUCAAAAAUGUCAACAGCUUCUAGCUCCCAUCAAAAUUGAGUUGAUCAAACACAACUUGUUGGUGCCUUUGACUACCAAUACUGAAACUCAAGACCAAAUCAAUGAUCUUAAAAUAGCUCAAAGAAUAUUGGAAAUAGGUGCAUUAUCCUCGUUACUUACAAACAACUACGCUGGAUUUGAAAGCUAUUUCGCCCAAUUGAAACCAUUUUACACAAAUGGCAAAAUUCACAACUUGAACAAACCCCAUGUCAAUACCGAUAGCACCAAAAUCAUUUCAUUGUUUUUGUUGUACCUUUUAAGUCAAGGAUCCAUCUCCAAGUUCAAUGUGGAGUUGGAGAUGAUUUACAACUCAAGGCAAUACGAUGUUGAAAACGACAAGUUUUUGAAAUUCCCCAUUGAAUUGGAAAGAAACUUGAUGGAGGGAAACUAUAUCAAGAUUUGGAAUUUGUUGAAAGAAGAGAAAAACUUGCCAUGUAAAGAAUUUGCCCAUUUUGCUGACACUUUGACCAAUGCUUUGAGAUUUGAAAUUGCCAAAAGUUUGGAAAAGACAUAUGAUUCUAUCCCAAUUUCCAAUUGCAAAAGUCUCUUGUACUUACCCCAGGAAUUGAGUGACGCAACAUUUGAGCAAACAUUGAAGGAAUCUUUGGAUUUGACUAAUUGGAAAUUCGACAAAGGUGUGAUUUAUUUCGCUAGAGUUGAACAUGAAGAAUCUGUUGAUAAUGAAUCAAUCAUCAAAAAUGUGUUGGGUUAUGCCGAACAAAUCGAAUCAAUCGUAUAG